CAAACGACAAAAACUCGAAACAAAGUCGGUCGUGCAGAUGGGUUCUUCGCUGACCAGACUGGCCCAGUGGACGUCCUCGGGCUCCGGGAGUCGAACCCUCGCCCCGUCGCCUCUGAACGAGACGCUCCUGUCUGACCUGGUGCGCUUCCUGGACGACCUGAAGUCCGUGGACCCUCAGAGCGCAGACGUCGUGUUCGAGGAGCCGCUGACCUGGAGCACGAGUCUGCAAACAUCUGAUCUACAGGACCUCACCGCAACUGUGUCUGGAGCGCAGUGUGACUCUUCAGGACGUCCUCUUCUUCAGCUUCGUCCUCCUCACGUCUUCGUCCUGAGUCUCUCCGUCGUCUCCGAGAUUCUCAGUCUGAGCUCCGACAAACAGAACGAGCUCCGAGUGUGUCUGCAAGAAAACCCAGACGUUGUGUCUCAGAUGGUCGGGUCCAGGUUCUCCGCUCUCCUCGAGUCCGACGGGAAACAAAUCGACAAAGUGAAAGAUCAAGAACCGAAAGUGAAAUUGGUCCAGUUACUGCAGAAACUCAACCAGCGCCUCAUGGACAAAGUGCUGCAGCAGAUCUCAGACUCCAGUGUGAGACGUUCUCCUGUGUUCCUCUGCAGACAGGUGCAUCUCCACGUCAGCAUCACGAAGAACGAGGUGGAGUCCCUGAUGAUCUUCUGUGGAGACGACGAGCGUUCUCUGCUCAGAUCUCUGCGCUACACUUCAGACUUUGUGUUUGCGAACGGCUGCCGCGCUCCUCCGCACAGGCAGCUCCAGGGGGAAAUCUCCUACGUCACCAUCGAGACUUUUGACACGGAGCCUCUGAGCGCCACCUACAGCCGCCGCGGGGUCUUCCUCAACAAGGGUGUGAAGGAGUUUGACGCAGACGAGGACGAGUACGAGCAGAUCAGCGACGUCGUGUUUGAAGACCUCACGUCGCUGCUCAAGACCAAGUCUCAUUAUUUCGCCCAAAACCUUCUCAAGGAGUUCAGCGCUGUUCCAGGGUUUGGGAGUCCGGUCUGGAAAAAGCCGGAGCCGGUGGUGAAAUGGACGAGUCGUCGCUCCGACAGUCGAAAAGCCGACAGAGGAAAACAGGAUUCCAAGUCCAGAGCCAACGUCUCCGUCACGUCUCUGCCCGGACGCUUCUCGCCGCAGAAGAGCCGGACGCCCGCUCGCUCCAGGCUCAGGGAGGUUCUGAGUGAAAGUUCUCCUGAGAGUGAAGAGGAGGAAGAGGAGGAGCUGGAGCGACGCCCAGACUCCGGCACAGACCUGCCGUCGGAGCAGCUCCGCCUGCAGACGCUCAUCAAAUACCUGCGGGAGGGUGACCAGACUGCGACGGUGUUGACCAUGUGUUCUCUGAUGGAGUUGGACCUGAGGCAGGAGAUGUUUCAGUUGUCCAUCAGGGACCUGGGGGGACUCAAACUUCUGCUCAACAUCCUGGACACGAAGGAAAUCCGCUGCAUCAUCGGGUCUCUGAAAAUCCUGCGUGUGAUCAGCCACAACGUGAAGAUCCAGAGGUCCAUGGUGAAGCUGCAGGGCGUCCAGAGCCUGGUGCCGCUGUUGGACAUCCAGCUGCCCGAGCUGCAGGCGCUGGCGGCGGAAACCCUCGCCAACGUCGCCAAGAUCCGCAAGGCCAGACGGACGGUGCGGCACUGCGGCGGCAUCGACAAACUGGUCAGACUCCUGGACCUGUCCCCGUCCGAGGAGCUUCACGUGGAGGCUGCUCGCUGUGGGGCUCUGGCUCUGUGGAGCUGCAGCCGAAGCUCCAGGAACAAAGAGUGGAUCAGAAAAGCGGGAGGAAUCCCCCUGCUGGGCCGACUGCUGCGCUCGCCCCACGUCAGCACCCUGAUCCCCGUCAUGGGGACGCUGCAGGAGUGCGCCUCCGAGGAGAGCUACAGAAACGCCAUCCGAAGUGAAGGGAUGAUCAAAGACCUGGUGAAAAACCUGAGCAGUGAAAACGAGGAGCUGCAGAUGCACUCGGCCAGCGCCAUCUUCAAGUGCGCUGAGGACGAGAAAACUCGAGAUCUGAUUCAUCAGUACAGAGGACCUCAGCGUCUGACUCUGCUGCUCAACAAAGCCCAGAACAAAGAUCUGCUGGAGGCCGCCACAGGAGCCGUGUGGAAAUGUUCCCUCAGCCACAAGAACGUCACCAGGUUCCAGGAGCUGCACGUGCUGGAGCGUCUGGUGUCUCUGAUGUGGGAGCAGCCGGAGGAGGUCCUGGUGAACGUGGUGGCGGCGCUCGGGGAGUUCGCUCAGAUCCCGGCGAACAGAGGCGUGAUCGGGCAGAGCGGAGGCGUCGAGAAGCUGGUGCAGCUGCUCACCGGGAGGAACCAGGCUCUGCUCGUGAACGUGACCAGAACUUUAGGAAUCUGCGCCACCGACAUGAAGAACAUGACAAUCAUCGAUCAGCUGGACGGGCUUCGUCUGGUCUGGUCCCUCCUCAAAAACCCGAGUCCUGAAGUCCAGUCCAGCGCCGCCUGGGCCCUGUGCCCCAUCAUCCACAACGGCAAGGACGUGAGUGAGUCGAUGCGACGUCUCAUCGGAGGAUUUCAACUCCUCAUCAAACUCCUCAAGUCCAACAACAACGAGGUCUUGGCCAGUAUCUGCGCUGUUAUCGCUAAAAUCACCGAGGACAAAGAGGAGAACGUGGCUCUGCUGACGGACUACGGCGCGGUGCCUCUGCUCGCCAACCUCACCGGCACCAAAGACGAGCGGCUGCGGCGCCACCUCGCCGACGCCAUCGCCAACUGCUGCAUGUGGGGUCAAAACCGCGCGGCGUUCGGGAAGGCGGGAGUGGUGCCCCCUCUGGUCAGAUACGUGAAGUCCAACGACAGCGGCGUGCACCAGACGGCGGCGGUGGCCCUGUACCAGCUCUCCAAGGACGUGGACAACUGCAUCAGUCUGCACGCCAACGGGGUCGUCCAGCCGCUGUUGGAGCUGAUGGGACACGAUGACGAGGACGUGGCGUUCAUGGCGGCCGGCUGCGUCAGGAACAUCCGAAUGCUCGCCAACGCCAACAAGAUGGCCAGAUGGGACAAGUAA